UCCGGUCCGGGGCCAAACCCACCUGGGCUCAUCGUCAAUCAUCGCCACCCGACUGACUACACGCGGAAUUGUCAAAUACAGCCUCUUCGCUCCGACAUCGUCCCGAACGGCUUCUCUUCGACAGCAACCUUUAAUACUCGCCUUUGCCAGCUAAGGUAGCUCAUCAAGAGACGGACAAGCACUGCUCAACCCGCAGUUCACCCAUUUCUCCCUGUUCUUUCUGCAUUUCAUCUCGUUCAGCUCAUCCACAAUUUCCAACGUUGAGCAUUUCCAAUUCCUUACACCACGCCCAACCAUGAUUUCCCUCACAAAACAAGGCGGCAACACCCACCAGCAGGCCGUUCCCAGGCCUCGCACCGACCGCGUGGUCCCUAAACCCGUUCCGGAGGCUCAGUCGAAGGAUCCCCGCGGCUACCAGCUCGAGCAGCUGCGCAAGCGCUACUCGCCCCGCGAAUCCACCGCCGCAGACGGCACCACCACAUCUCUGGUCUUCCGCAUCAAGCCUUCGGAUCCGGACUUUCCCUUUGAGUUGGAGCACUUGCAGUGCGACCUCCGCGUGCCGGAGGAUUACCCCGAUGCUGUCCCUGUCCUGCACGUGCGGAAUAGCGAUAUCCCGCGCGGCUUCUGCAUCAACAUUGAGCGGGGGUGGGAGAGGCUCGUCGAGGAACGUCGAGGCGCUACACUUCUCGCCCUCACCUACGCCCUGGACAAGAACCUGGAAAAGUUCCUGUCCGAGCAGGAGGUAGCUACCGUGAAGUUGGUCACCUACAAGGACGAGGGCGUGAAGGAUACCCGCCACCUCGAGGCCGCCGCCAUCGCGGCCAUCCCGGGCCCGGCGACGCAGAUCACACAGGCACCAUCCCCUGCACCGGCGCCGCCUGUGAGGCACUACACUCCUGAAGAGUACUUCACCAAGGAGGAAAUGGCGGCUGCCAAAGCCCGCCGCGCACAGGAGACGCGGCAGUUGGAGACACGCAUGGGACGGCUGUCUUUAUAUCGCCGCUCACCGGACGGCAUCGUCUACACGCUCCCUUUGGAGCCUCGCCGUCGCGCUGAGCUCUCUCCCGGAUUGCAAGGCGUCAAGACGGUCCAUCUUAUUGUGCCGCUGCUAUACCCGCUGCAACCGCUGCGUAUUCAGCUCAACGAGUGUGACUCGCAAGAUGCCGAGCCCUUGGAGGAGCUCUACGUACAGAAGGCAGCGGAGCAGAAGCAGAUGACUCUCACGAGCCAUCUGAACUAUUUGGCUCAGAAUAUGCACGUCUUAGCAAAGCAGGCAGCGGCGCCGCCCAAUCCUGCUGCUGUUGCUCAGCCCGUGUUGACGCAGGAACCUGAAAAGGAUUCCAAGGCAAAGGCAUCGGCUAUGGAUGAUGAUGACCGCGGCCACAUCAAAGUCAUCCCGCGCCCGCCGGAAUGGAGCCGUCCCGGCGCCGCUGAAGACAACACAGAUUCAUCAGACAGCUACGACUCAGAUGACGACUCGGACGAAGGCGGCGCCGACCUCGACGCAGAACCACCCGGCCUCUCCUCCGGCCUCACCCCGGAAAGGGGCACAUCCAUCUCCUUCCCGACCAUUGAGCUCCACAGUAUCGAGCUCUUCCAGGUCUCCAUCCUCAACCUGAGCGUGAAAUGCUCGCGCUGCAAGACCAUCAACGAGAUCACCGGCCUCAAGCACGAGGUUCCCCAGACCUCAGCCUGCCGCAAGUGCGCCGCCGGUCUAGCAGCGCAGUUCCGCCAGACGCUCGUCCACGCAAACUCGACCCGCGCCGGCUUCGUCGACCUCACGGGCUGCACCGUCUCCGACAUGCUCCCCAGCACCUUCAUCCCCGUCUGCGCCAAAUGCUCCACCGCAAGCCAAGGGCUCGUCGCCGUCCGCGGCGACGCCGUCACAAACGUCUGCCGCACCUGUCACGGCAAAUUCACAUUCAAGAUCCCCACCGUCAAGUUCUUGGCGCUCUCCGCGGGAGGGCUCGCGGCCCCGACGACGGGACCCGUGAAGAAGGCCGAGAAACUCGGUCUCCACGCGGGCACCCCGCUCCCGGACCGCGGCGCCUGCGCGCACUACCGCAAGAGCUACCGCUGGUUCCGGUUCUCAUGCUGCGCCAAGGUGCACCCGUGCGAUCGGUGCCACGACGAGGCGGAAAACCACGUCAACGAGUGGGCGAACCGGAUGGUGUGCGGUUGGUGCAGUCGCGAGCAGCGGUAUUCACCCGAGGCGUGCGGGUUCUGCGGCCGGAGCGUCAUUGGGCGGAAGGGUAAGGGGUUCUGGGAGGGCGGUAAGGGUACGCGAGACCGUAAGUUGAUGAGUCGUAAGGACCCGAGGAAGUUCAAGAGGGUUGGUGGUGGUGCGGCUGCUGCUGCGAAGAAGGAUUAAGGUGGAUAGACGAUGGGUAGUGGUGGUGGGAUUCUUCAGCUUCCUGAAAGGAAUACGCACUUUCCAUCACUGAAUAAACAUCGUGGUACCAGAACACGCAGGCCUUAUGAGAUGUCCGGUGCCCUCUUUCCUAACAACAAGUAUCGGGCCUGGUGACCGAGGGGUGAAAGCCGUGAAGUGCUGACUAGUACGUGAUGCUCCGUACUCUUCAGGACUCCUGCGUUCGAACCUCGGUCGGC